ACUAGAUAGUUAUCAACCCUGAAAAACCAUAAAAAUCCUUUCAUUCGUGUCUCCUGCACAAAAGGCUAAUUUUAUCCCCAAUUUUAACAGUCACCAAGCUUUUCUAUCAACAAUGGCGUCGUACCUCUCAAUCGACAUAGCUAAAGCUUCAACCUUCAUAACCCUAGCUACCAGACGUACUUUCCACCCUCUUCGCAAACCUCAAUUUUCUCUUCACCCUUUUCACCAUAAUAAACCUUACCACUCUACCACCGCAAAUUCUAUCUCCUUCCAUCUUCGCCAACAAUCUCCAUCUCUUUCUCUCUCCUCCAAAUUGCCGAGAUUUUGUCGGAAGCUCCGCAGUUUUUCCGUCGCAGCUUCGUCGACGGCGCCGGCUGCUGAGGAGAGCACUGAUGAUAUUGUUACCAAAAUUCCUCCGGAUGACCGAAUUCCUGCUACUAUUAUUACCGGCUUUUUGGGCUCCGGAAAGACUACACUGUUGAACCAUAUAUUGAAUGCUGAUCAUGGGAAGCGUAUUGCAGUAAUUGAAAACGAGUAUGGUGAAGUAGACAUUGAUGGUUCUUUGGUUGCUUCUAAAGCUAUUGGAGCUGAAGACAUUAUUAUGCUCAAUAAUGGAUGUUUAUGUUGCACUGUGCGGGGCGAUCUAGUGAGGAUGAUCGGGGAGUUAGUCGCUAAAAAGAAAGGGAAUUUUGAUCAUAUAGUGAUCGAGACCACAGGCUUAGCAAAUCCCGCUCCUAUCAUUCAAACAUUUUAUGCGGAAGAUGUGAUAUUUAAUGAUGUGAAGUUAGAUGGUGUUGUCACUUUAGUUGAUGCUAAACAUGCGGCAUUACACUUGGACGAGGUUAAACCCGAAGGAGUUGUAAAUGAGGCUAUAGAGCAAAUUGCUUACGCUGAUCGUAUAAUAGUGAAUAAGAUCGAUCUUGUCAACGAGCCAGCUGUUGAUUCUUUAAUACAACGAAUAAGGAAAAUUAAUCGUAUGGCUAAUUUAAAGCAAGCACGAUUUGGAAAUGUGGACCUAGAUUAUGUUCUUGGCAUUGGAGGUUUUGACUUAGAAAGGAUAGAGAGUGCAGUUACUGAAGAAACUUCGAAAGAAGAUCAUGGUACCCAUGCUCAUGAUCACCACCAUGACCAUGAUCAUCACCAUGACCACGAUCAUGGCCAGGAACACAAGCAUGAACACGAGCAUGAACAUCAUCAUGAUCACCAUGCACAUGAUCAUACUCAUGAUCCUGGAGUUUCUUCUGUAAGCAUUGUUUGUGAAGGGAGCCUAGACCUAGAAAAGGCAAACAUGUGGCUAGGUACUUUAUUACUGGAAAGAAGUGAAGACAUAUACAGGAUGAAAGGUCUUUUGUCUGUUGAUGGUAUGGAUGAAAGAUUUGUAUUUCAGGGAGUUCAUGAUAUAUUCCAAGGUUCACCAGACCGACCAUGGGGACCCGAUGAGUCGAGAAUCAACAAAAUUGUAUUCAUUGGAAAGAACUUGGAUAGCCAGGAACUUGAAGAGGGAUUUAAAGCUUGUUUAUUAUGAUGUACUAUAGUUUAGAAAAUACAUAAAACUAUACAGAGGUUCAUUAGAUUGUCAUUGGAUUACUGGAACAAUAUAUCUGUGACAUUAAAUCGUCAUUGGAUUACUGUAACAUUAUGAUUGUGAUCCCAGGAAAAUAAUUACUUUGAUUAAUGACAUUUUUGAUGUUUCAAUAA